AGUGUUCCGCAAUGACUUUCAUUGGUUAAAAUUCAAUAGUGAUUCCCCCGUCACUGCCACUUUCAAACUCUCUAAACACAGGCAAUUUAAAAAUGGAAAACUAUACCCUAAAAAACAUGGAGUGGGAUGAACCCGCGAAGAUGGAGCUUUUGGGCCAGGAGAAGGACGCUGACGAGAACUGCAGCAACCCAUUUGACGUCUACACCGACUUCAUGGUCACCUUAGUGCUCCUCUACGCCCUGUUCAAGUUGACCGAGUUAUCUGAGCGGUAUUUGAGCCAGCGCUUUGUGGCUCUGGCCCUCAAUCACAGCGGCGACGUUCGCUCCAUCAAUCGCGAGUGGGAGGAUACCCUGCAGCUGCAGGAGGAGUACAAGCGCCAGUUGGACGGCGAGGUGCAGGAGCUCACUGAAAAGAAUCUCGGCCUGGAGCGCAUGAUCAAGGAGCUGCGUGACUGCAACAUCCACCUGAUCAGCAGGAACCUAAUGCGAUCCGUGUUUAAGGAAAAGGAGCAAAAGCCCGCCCAGCCGAACAUAUAUAUCAACAACAGCUAUUUCCACCUCACUCGCCAGCUGUUCGUUAACGAUAACAAUAUAGACCUUAAUGUCCGCAACUCCGGUGGGAUGGAUAUCUCCCCCAUGGACCCUUCUGAAGAUGGGCUGAAUAUCUGGAUGCAGUACCUGAAGAUGCGCAAAUGCUACAUGGGCCCCAUUGCCGAUCCCAGUUUAAUAGCUCCCAACAGCGAGUUGUUAACACCAGUUGUUAUGACCACCGAGCAGUUGGCCACGUUGCAGGGAAUAAUAUAGUUGCUUUUUGUUUGAGUGCUCAUAUCAUAAAUAAUGACUGGUUUAAUCGAAAAAAAACAAAAGCUUAAUAAAAAUGAAUGAAAUUAUA